AUGCACCCAUUCAUUACCUUCUUAAAUAGUAUUGUCAUGCCAGACUUCAAUGCAGACGACGACGAUGAUGAUAGCGACGAAGAUGAAGAGGGCGAAAACGGCGGAGCGGACGACGAUGCCGAAGGAAAUGGCGACGCAGAGGAGACAGGGGACGAAGACGAAGAAAAAGGGAAGGACUGGAGCACGCACAAGUUCUGA